CAGUCUACGAUACCCACAUAGCGUGUAAACUAUCUGAAUAUCUAUUGCGCACAAUUAGUGGAGUGACAAUUUUGGAGUGAAAACAGACAAUAAGGUGUCUGUCUGCAUUAUACAUCACAUUAUAUUUCAGGCUGGCAAAGGCUUGUGCUAGGUCUGCCGCAGGUUGUGGUCCUCUGAGCUUGUGGUUUUAUAUCUAUAAUUUGUCUGAAAUUGUAUAAUUUAUAACCACUAAAGACUCGAAACAUUAUAUUUAAAAUGUUUCACUCUCCCUAAAAGGUAAAAAUGUUGUUGAUGUGCUGUUGUUCAUAUGUGGUGCACAGUAGGCCUGUAUGUCCACAUGAGUCAGCUCCAUGCAUGUAUUGGAUGAAUACUCCAUUACCUAUGUGCAUUAUUGGCACUAUCUUUCCUGUCUAGCGCCCAAAAACUCUCUUCUUCAUGGAAUUGACUGGCAGACAAGGGAGAAUUUGCCAUAGGACACAAUUCAAGUCGUGUGUGUGCGUGAGCGCGCACGUGUUUACAUCAAUGCGCCACGCUUCAGUGCGCUCUCUGAAGGGGAUAAGUGGGAGUGGGAGCUCAGAGGGUCGACAGUACGGAGGAAGAUUCAGUCGGAUAAGUAACUCCUCACCAAGAAACGAGAGGGCAUCGUUACCGAGGUCCACUGCACCUGCCGCAAGUCGCUGCCACACGGCACAAACAUCCUCCUCAAUGUCCCGCGGUUUAACGAUGGAUCACACUUUCCUGCCUCGGUCCAUCUGGACUGACGAGAGUAAAUUCCUCCAGCAUCCAGCGGAUCUCUACACCAGUGUGGUCGUUACGCGCAGCAUCCCUUCAGGCACAUGCUUUGGUCCAUGUGUGCUCCAAAACACUUUCUAUGACACUAUCGCCUUCAUAGCGCAGAAAUCCUGCGACAAGAGAGCUAAAUCCUAUGUGUUCAGGGUGGACCCCGAGGCCAUGCGCAAUUCCGCGCUGGUGCUGUCCUGGCUGCGGCUGGUACAGGCUGCGCGCAAUGGAGAGGAGCAAAACACAGAGGCCUUCCUGAAAGCAGGUCAGCUGUAUGUGCGGACCACACGGGACAUCCAGCAGGAGGAAGAGCUGCUGGUGUGGUACGACCAGGAGCUUUCUCACCUACUGGGCUUCACGGACAUGAUCAGAGGAUCGAGUGAAGAAUUCAAAUGUGGAAGAUGUAACCAGGUUUUCAAGAAUGAGAAUCCUUUCCUGGCUCACUGCCGAUUCCUGUGUACGCAAGUAAAGAGGGACACCUGGAGCCGCGAGGUUUACGAGCACAAGCAUGUGGAAACUAAAAGGCAACAUCGGGUGACAGAUUUCCACAAUAUCGCCAGAGAUUUGGAACACAAAAAAUCUGACAACAACGAGGACGCAGAGGUUUCCCCCAAGAGAAGGAAAUACGAGGAAACUCUUUAUCCCAAAGGACGGAAAACGGUUCUGUUAGAAAAAACGAAUAUUUCUAAUGAUGACAAUAUUACACAGCUGAGUAAGGGCUACGACCAGGGCGCAGGAGAUGCAUCUUCCUCUGCGGGAAAACUGAAAGCUGAUAAUAAGAUCAAACCGGAUCAUUUGGGAUGUAAGAGUGAUGCUUUUGCUGACGCGGGGCAUGCCAAAGGGACUUUUACGCGCGGCACGGAGACAGACUCACGGUCGGAGACAGGUGAGAGCUCUGGUGUGCACUCAAGCAGCAGCAGUGCAUUUUCUCUGGUCCUGUCCAACAGUCGGGGCGAGCAGAAAAGCGCUUUCUGUAAACCGAGUAAAAGAACUUCUUCUAUUGACCCCCAGGCGCAUCUCAGCAGCGCGCCAACAGCCCCCUCAAGCCGCCUAGAGGAGGUGACUGAUGCCUUUACCUCCAGGACUGUUAUGGGAUACAACAAUUUGAUGGCAUCCAACAUCCUGAGCGGUGACUUACAGACAUUUUCCUCCCCGGUUGCAUUAAACAAUGCUUUCCAUUACGCACCGGAGCACUGGUCACGAAACAUUGGUGUUCAGCUGCAGACCACAUCUUCUCUCACGAUCCUUCCGCCUACUUUAACCUCAUUCGGCGUGUCGGUGCAGAACUGGUGCGCCAAAUGCAACCUGUCCUUCCGCAUGACCUCCGACCUCGUUUUCCACAUGCGCUCUCAUCACAAGAAGGAGUUCGCGGCGGAGUCCCAGGUGAGGAGGAGAAGGGAGGAGAAACUCACCUGCCCGAUCUGUCACGAAUACUUCCGAGAGCGGCACCACCUGUCAAGACACAUGACCUCUCAUAACUAAGAGAAGAAGGGACAAAAAAAACCCCACGUUAUUUAUUUCCUAAAUGAUGCUCGUAUUUAACAGGUUAAACUCCAGAUUCACGGCGAGACAGUGAAUGUAGGUAGUUAGCUGAAAAUAGAAACACAUGGCCAUCACAACCUGUCCACUAGAUGACGAUAGAGGUACGUGUAAGCUGUUCUCACUGCAGUUUGUUGUUUGUCCUUUAGCCUUGUGUGUUAGGUUGAUGAUUAUUUUGUGCCUUAUGGAACUCAGGAGGGAAGGUCAGCUCGUGAUUGUCAUAAAUUCGACGCAAUCCUCUUAUUUUUCAGCUUUUCUCUGCUCUUAUUUGUACAAGAGAUAUGGAAUGAGUGUUUUUGCACAUUCGUUUUGAAAUCUAAAAUUAUGAAAAUUAAACAGA